UAUUUUCAUCAUGUAGGGAAUAGUCAGCAGUGAAAAACCCCAAGUUGGUUUGGGCCCAUGCGCCUUUUUGACGGAGAUAUGAGUUAAUUAAUGAAAAUGCCAUUAAUAAUAAUUAAUUAAUAGCUCAAGACCAUGAUCAAUUUUUUAUGAUUUAGACAGUUUUAGUGAAAAUUCACCAUUGAAAACCUAAAAACUUGUUACCACCUUUUAAAUACCUCUGUUCAUGACCGUUCUUUGCAACGUUAUAGAAUUUACAAAAGCCUUAAACUAAUUUUUCCUUCUUAGUUAUGUAGCUUUGAGCUGACAAUGAACAUUUAGGGCUUUUCUUGUAAAUUUUAUAACUUUGUAAAGAAAGGUCACGUAGAGCUGAAAGGCGUCUCAUUUUAAUCAGAAAUUUAUAUUUCCUUUCACUCUUUUUCUUUCGUACUCGUUGUUGAGGCUCUUCAAUGGGGUACCUAUGGCGUUCGUCCUUCUUUUCUUAUCAUUACAUAUGCACAUAGCUGUGUACAUUUCGUGUUUGUGUGCCAUUACUGCCUAAAGAGAAGUCGAAUUCGAUUCAGUUACGGUGAGGAGGAUAAAAGAACCUAAAUACUCAUGUUUUAUCUUUAAAAGUUGAUGCUUGUGAAUGAAACUGUAGUAUCUUUCUGCUAAGGGAUAGCAGUCACUUUCUUCCAGUUGACUCUAGUAAAAUUCCUUUAGGCAAAAGCUUCUUCCAUUUCAUUCAUCAAUGACCUGGGAAGAAACUGCAGAAAAGAAACGCAAGGCAUUGGCCUCUCUCAUUCCUGAGAAAUGGCGAAUUUCCGCGAGCCAAUUGCCGUCCGAUUCUCAGCGUUCGGUCAUUUCAUUUCCCGAAACAAGUGGUUUAUUGAGCGAUGAAGAAUUGGCUAUUACUCAACUGAUGGUGGAAGAGUUGGCUACAAAGAUUGCCUCAGGCGAAUAUACUGCUGUUCAAGUGUGUCAAGCGUAUUGUCAUCGAGCAACGAUUGCACAUCAACUUGUCAAUUGUCUCGUUGAAAUUUUCUUCGAUGCCGCUCUCGAACGAGCAAAAGAACUUGAUGAAUAUGUGAAAAAGAACGGACGGACGGUUGGCCCAUUACAUGGAGUACCUGUCUCACUCAAAGAUCAAUUCCGUGUCAAGGGAAUGGAAUCUAGUAUAGGCUAUGUCAGCUGGUUGGGCAAAGUGGAUAAAGAAGACAGUGUCAUAACAGAAUGUUUACGAAGAGCAGGUGCCGUUCUCUAUGUCAAAACCAGUGUUCCACAAACUCUAAUGUGUGGUGAAACAGUGAACAACAUCUUUGGACGCACAUUGAAUCCAUAUAAUCGAUUACUGUCAUGCGGUGGUUCGAGUGGUGGAGAAGGCGUACUCAUUGCACUUCAUGGAAGUCCAAUGGGUGUGGGCACUGACAUUGGAGGUUCUAUUCGUCUACCAGCUGGUUUCAAUAAUCUUUGGGGACUGAAGCCGAGUCAUGGACGAAUGCCUUAUGCAAAGUUAGCGAAUAGCAUGGAAGGACAAGAGACAGUACCCUCUGUGUGUGGUCCACUGGCUCGUACAUCACGAGAUUUGGCCUAUUUCCUGAGAUCAAUACUGGAACAAGAGCCAUGGAAGUAUGAUCCAAAAGUAAUCGAAAUACCUUGGCGUGAAUCGACAUAUGAGCAAGGCAAAACAGGCAAAAAGGUGUUUGGAGUGACAACUGUACAUGGGUGA